AUGAAGCUGCAACAUCUGAUCGGUGUGUAUUUGUUGUCAAUCACUGCUGUACUAGGAUCACCUUCUCAGACACCUUUCGAUAUCACUUCUAGCGACUAUGUACCGCUUCAUCCCGAGCUCGAAGCUAGAUCCCGAGAAAUUCUGGCAAAAUAUCCACUCAUCGACACUCAUAUCGACUUGCCAGCUACUAUGCGUACUAUCCAUCGUCGACCCAUGGAUGCUAUCCCUAAAUUGAAUUCGUCACAUCCCGGUCACUUUGAUUUGCCAAGAGCGAAAGCUGGUGGAUUGGCGGGAGCUUUCUUCACAGCUAAUGCACCUUGUCCCGGAGGAUUUGGCCGUGAUGUAGGACCUGAUUUCCUUGAACCCACCGAAACCGUUCAACACGUCCUGGAGUCGAUAGAUCUGGUCAAGAACACACUGGCAUACUAUCCGGCACUGAUGAAAGCUGCACGCAAUGCUGCCGACGUACGAGAAGCCUUCUCCGAAGGUAAAUUAGCGGUCUUAAUGGGCUUAGAAGGCACUCAUGGCCUCGCUAACUCUUUGAGCACUUUACGGAUGUAUGUCGAGCUUGGUGUGCGAUACGUCACCUUGACACAUGUUUGUCACAGCUCUUUUGCGAGCUCGAACGGGGGCGGCGCAGGAACUUCUGGAUCGACCAUCCCACCUGCUCACCCAGGAAACGGUUUGACAGCUUGGGGUAUAGAGCUCGUUCAUGAACUCAAUCGAUUAGGAGUGAUGGUCGAUUUAUCUCACACAUCCGAUAAUACAGCAAGGGAUGCUAUCAAAGCUUCCAAAGCACCUGUGGUCUGGACGCACUCUGGAGCAAGAACCAUUAACAACCACCCAAGGAAUGUUCCCGAUGAUAUCCUUCGAAUGAUCGGUGAUGGACCGGGUAAGAAUCCUGGAAUAGUGCUAUCUGUCCUUUUUUCCACUUUCAUCGAUCCCAAUAACGCCACUACUGCGCGAGUAGUUGACCACAUUGAACAUAUAGCCAGUAUCGUUGGCAAAUCUCAUGUAGGGCUUGGCAGUGAUUUCAAUGGUAUCAGCUUGGCAGUUGAUUACAUGGAGGACGUCAGCAAGUGGCCUAAUAUGAUACAAGAGCUGUUGUACCGAAAAUGGACCGAGUCUGAGAUCGCUGGGAUUAUGGGCGGCAAUCUACUCCGCGUCAUGGAAGAAGUGGAGACUGUCCAAGCUGGUCUGGCCCACCUUCCGGCUUCACCGGAAAUAUAUCACAAAAGGACCGAUCUACCGGCGCACGAGUGGGGAGGUCCAAAUAUGGCGUAUCUUGCACCCGAUGUCCAAAAAAUAGUCGUGCAGCAAAAAAGGUUGAGGGACGAGCUAUAG